CCGGUUCGCCUUUCAAGAGGCUCGGAUACAGCGCUGAGGAAAGUAUUCCUGGUCCUGUCUGCCGAGUGAUGUGAGGAGAGUGGACGAGUUCAGAAUUCGCGAUGGAUGCGGUGACCUAUGAGGAUGUGCAUGUGAACUUCUCUUGGGAAGAGUGGGCUUUGCUGGAUUCUUCUCAGAAGAGUCUCUACAAGGAUGUGAUGCUGGAAACCUACUGGAACCUUUCUUGUAUAGGCUACAGUUGGGAAGACCACAGUAUUGAAGAUCAUUGUGAAAGUUCUAGAAGACAUGGACGGUAUAUCAAAAGUCCUUCUGGGGAUAAGCCACGUGAUCCUAAGGGAUAUGGAAAGAAGCAGUGUACCUCUCUUUUUCCAAAAGUGCUUAAAAGAUAUUUAGCCAACCCAGCUAGGAGAAGAUGGGGUGAAUGUGAUACAAGUUUACAAGUAAUUGGUUUUACAGAUUCAGUGGGAAUACAUCAAAACACUGUCAUUGCAGAAAAGCCCUAUGAAUAUGAGGAAUGUGGAAAAUCUUCUAUCUGUUCUGGUUCAUUUUGCACAUGCAUUAUGAAUCACAGUAUAGGAAAAUACUAUGAAGGUAGUCAGUAUGGGAAAACUCUGAAUUCUUCCAAUUCUCUUCAAAGACAUGAAAAAUAUCAUACGGGAAAAGGAUCUGUUAAAUGCAAGCCUAGUUGUAAAAUCUUUACCCAUUACAAGUAUCUUCAAAUAUACAAGAAAACCUAUAAUGAGCAUCUCUAUGAAUGUAAUGAAUGUGAUAAAGUCUCUUUAGAGUUACAACAAAGAACUCAUUUGGAAAUGAAAUCAAAUGAAUAUAAUCAAGAAGAUAAAGUCUUUGCAUGUCACAGUCAUCAAGUAGGUAGUACUAAUACUAGGGAGAAAAAGCUUAAAUGUCAUCAAUGUGGUAAAUCCUUUGCAUGUCUCAGUCAUCUUCAAAUACAUGAAAGAACUCACAGUGGAGAGAAACUCUAUGAAUGUAAUCAGUGUGGUAAAGCCUUCACAUGUUUCCGUACUCUUCAAAUACAUAAAAAAAUUCAUACUGGAAGGAAGCUGUAUAAAUGUAAUCAAUGUGGUAAAGCCUGUGCAAGUAAGAGUGCUCUUCAAAUACAUGAAAGUAUUCAUACUGGAGGGAUACCCUAUGAAUGUGCUCAAUGUGGUAAAUUCUUUACACGUAAUAGUACUCUUCAAAUACAUGAAAGAAUUCAUACUGGAGAGAAACCAUAUAAAUGUAAUCAAUGUGGUAAAGCCUUUGCAGAUAACAGUGAUCUUCAUAGACAUGAAAGAAAUCAUACUGGAGAGAAACCCUAUGAAUGUGCUCAAUGUGGUAAAGCCUUUGCACGUAAUAGUACUCUUCAAGUACAUGAAAGAAUUCAUACUGGAGAGAAACCAUAUAAAUGUAAUCAAUGUGGUAAAGCCUUUGCACAUAAAGGUUGUCUUGACAAGCAUGAAAGACAUCAUACUGGAGAGAAACCCUAUAAAUGUUGUCAAUGUGGUAAAGCCUUUGCAUGUAAGAGGUAUCUUAAAAUACAUGAAAGAACUCAUACUGGGGAGAAACCAUAUGGAUGCACUGAAUGUGAUAAAGCCUUUGCCAGUAGCAGUCAGCUUAAGAAGCAUGAGAGAGUUCAUACUGGAGAGAAACCCUAUGAAUGUAAUCAAUGUAAUAAAGCCUUUGCCAGUAAGACUCAUCUUAAGAUGCAUGAAAAAAUUCAUACUGGAGAGAAACCCUAUGAAUGUAGUCAAUGUGGAAAAACUUUUGCAUAUCACAGGAGCCUUGACAUGCAUGAAAGAAAUCAUACUGGAGAGAAACCCUAUGAAUGCAGUCAAUGUGGUAAAGCCUUUGCAUGCAAGAGUCUUCUUCACAGACAUGAAAGAACUCAUAAUGGAGAAAAGCCCUAUGCCUGUACUCAAUGUGGUAAAGCCUUUGCAAGUAACAGUCAGCUUAAGAUUCAUGAAAGAAUUCAUACUGGAGAGAAACCCUAUGAAUGUAAUCAGUGUGGUAAAGUCUUUUCAAGUAAUAGUCAUCUUAAGGUGCAUGAAAGAAUUCAUACUGGAGAGAAACCCUAUGAAUGUAGUCAAUGUGGAAAAACUUUUGCAUAUCGCAGGAGUCUUUACUUGCAUGGAAGGAAUCAUGCUGGAGAGAAACCAUAUGAAUGCAGUCAAUGUGGUAAAACCUUUGCAUGUAACACUCUUCUACACAGGCAUGAAAGAAUUCAUACUGGAUAGAAAGCCUGUGAAUACAAUCAAUAAGGUAAAGCCUUUGCAUGUCUUAGUAGUCUUCAAAAGCAUGAAAAGAUUCACACUGACAAAAUGCUUCCCAGGAAAUUAAUAAAUGAGAUAUAUUCUGUAUACCACAUUAAUUUUCCUCACUGAGCUCUCUCACUGGUGCAUGAGUAAGAUUAGAACAAUUCCAUCAUUAAAACAUUAUCUCCUUUUCAAAUUGUAGUGAUAAUGUCUUCCAAAGGUAAAGGAAUGCAGGACUAUUUGAAUAAUAAAGUCUAUUUGCAAAUGAAAA